GGAAGUACUUUGUGUUGCUAUGAGACACUGAUUUUUAUUUUUUGUUAGAUAGCAGCUUCUUUCCUUGAAUAUUUUGGAGUUUCGCCUUGCUAAUGUUUUUAUAAUGCCAAAACAAUUAUUAGACGCCGAUAUAGGCACAAUUUGGUUCAGAGCAAGCAACUGGAUAUCAGCUUUGUGGCUUUUUAUUUUACUGUAACGUUAGCUAGGAAGGUUAAUUAAUUAAUUGUGACAAGCAGCAUGGCGUCCAGAGGCGGUUCAAGAGAUAUUGAGGACGCUUCUCAGUUACUUUUCCCCAAAGAGUUCGAGAACGCGGAGACACUUCUAAACUCCGAGGUACAGAUGCUUCUGGAGCAUCGCAAGCAGCAGAACGAGAGUGCAGAGGACGAACAAGAGCUAACGGAGGUUUUCAUGAAAAUCUGGAGGGGCAGUUUGAGGAUGAGGAGCUGCAGCAGAUCCUUGAUGACAUCCAGACCAAGAGAAGUUUCCAAUACUGAAGACAGUUCCUCCUCUGGCCUGUUCUAACCUAAACCCAUCGUUAUGUCAGAAAAUACUGGGCUCUGCUACCCACCCAGAAACACAAUGUGCAUCCUAAAUGACACCCUAUAUAGUGAAUUGGGUGCAGUUUGGGAUGCAAACCGGACUCUGACCAUUCUCUCCAGGAUGGGUACCUCCAAAUUGGACUUGGGGGGUGUAUCGACAGCUGAGGGGUGCGUCAGGCACCGCAGAGCUGUACAUUCAUUGCAGAGAUGAUACAGCGCCAUUUAGAAGACCAUACCAAGCUAGGAUGAAUACAUACAUUACUAAAUGUAAAUACUUUAUAAAUAAACAUCAGAUUUUUAAAUAUU